AUAACCACAGGUUUUUUGCAGUCUGCUGGGGACAUUCCAAUCUUAUUCUCGUCUGCAAUCAGGAAUUUGUGCGCUCUUAUCCGCUGCUCGUCCUCCAUCAUGAAGACAAAGAUCAGGAAGGGGGUAACUGAAAUCCAGGACUGGAUGUUGCUGAACUGGUUUACAAGGAAAUGCUGUGCAUGACUAGUAGUUGGGUCAGGAGAAGAACUUGAACAAUUUGACGUUGGAGAGGACCAGGCCACCAGGGGGAACAAGAUGCCUCUGCACCAACACACCAAAGCUUGAGAUGCCAUAUUGCCAUGUGUUGUGCCAGUGACAAUCCAUGUCUCAUCAAGCAGUCUCUUUUCCUCGGACUAGUCUUGGUAUAUUGUAUAUGAACUUGCCAAGCAGAUAACAAAUCACAUUCAAAAUUUUCUGUGACAACUACAACUUCACAAAAAAUUAUGGAAAUUGUUAGAAACAAUUGUGACUCUACAAAAUUCAUGUCAAUAUGCUUUUUCUGGAAACUGUUUCUUUACUCCAUGAUCCCUCAUGGUAUUAUAUAUACUGCAUGUUCUCCCUUAAACAAACAUAAUGACCAUGUGAUGAUCACAUAUAGAUAUAGCCUUCGAUUCUCCCAAUCCAAGGAACACAAUAACCACAAACUUCCAGAAUCCCCACAAAAUUCGAAAGAACACACAAGAAUAUAUUCCAUUCUAUUCCUCGACACCCUACUUCUCCAAGCCUAAAGCCAAGCCAACCAACUCACCUCCUGCCAUGGCCAUUCCAUAUAAACCUCCACAUCCUCGGCUUCGUGGAAUGGCACUGUUCUCUCUCGCUCACACACCAUUACAAUCUCUCUCGAGAACAGUGUGUCAGUGUGCAACGACCACGGGCAAUAGCAUCAGCUCGGAGGCACUCGACCGGGCGCCCGUUCCAGUGCCGGCCUCUUCCCGGCGGCGGCGAUGAGGUACGGCGAGGUGGCACACUUCAGCCACCGGCAGCACCGCCUCCGGCUGGAGCACCACGACACGCCAUUCCGGUGCGACGGGUGCCGCGAGGUGGGCAUCGGCGCGCGCUUCCGCUGCCCGCACCCGGGCUGCGACCACGACCUGCACCGGCAGUGCGCGCUCCCGCUCUCGCAGCCGCCGCCGCCGCUCCGGCACCCGUUCUACCCGCGCUGCGCCUUCGCCUUCCUCCCGCGGGCGCCCGGGCCGCCGCGCUACUGCAACGCGUGCGGCCGCGGCGUCGCCGGCUACGUCUACCACUGCCGCGCGUGCGGCUUCGACCUGCACCCGUGCUGCGCCGCGCUCCCGCCCGCGCUCGACGCCGGCGGCGGCGUCCGGCUGCACCUGCACCCGGACUCCAGGGCCGGCGCCGCGUGCCACCGGUGCGGCCACCGCGGGCGCAGCUGGAGCUACCGGAGCCACUGCGGAAGCUUCAGCCUCCACGUGGCGUGCGUCGCGGACAUGCUCGUCGAGAGCUGGCACGGCGUCGGCCGCCACAAGGGCGCAUGCGGCGGCGGACUGGUGGUGCCCGGGGGCGGCGGGUGCAGCAGGCCGGCGCCGGCGAUCCGCGGCGCGGCGAAGAGCAUCCACGCGGGCAGGGGAGGAGGGUACGCGCCCUGGGGCAGGAAGAAGGGCAAGGUGAAGCGCUGCUGCGAGAUCGCCGGGUUCGCGGGGCAGGUGGUCAUCUCGGCGGUGCUCGGCGACCCCACCGCGCUCAUCGCCGGCGCCAUAGGGUCCCUCAUCGCGCUGUGACGGACGGCAGCCCGGCCGAGGGGAGAAAUUUGAGAUUUUUACAUUCUCGGAAGUAGGCUUCGACAGUUUGCCAUCAAUAAUUGGACCUCGCUGUUUUGCCAUUACGAAAUGAGGUCACUCCAGUGCUUUGCCUUUCCACUCCUUUCCAAUUCAUUUUUCAUUUUCUUCUUCUAUUUGCAACAUGAGAUGACUAUUUUGCCCCUCCCACAUUCACCCUUCUUCUUUCUUGGUCACGAGAGCCCCAUGCCCCCCGCCUUCUCUUUCUGCUCCCAUAGCCGCCGCCGGCUGCCUACCAUGGUCACUGCCUACUCAUCCAUGUAGGAGCCUGCACGCCAUAGCCGCCGCCUGUUCCUCCCCACGGGGGCUCCUGCACGCCAUGGCCGCCACGUGUCGCGAAUUGGGGGGCACAUGGUGCUGGCCGCCGACGUGCUAACGCCCCUAGGAGAGGAGCUGCGGGCCGCCGGCCCCCACGCUCCCGCCUCCGCCUCGCGCGGCUGCUCCGCGUCGUGGGCUGAGGUGCGGGGGCGGGCGCUGGCGUGGGGAGCCCGGCGGCAAGUGGGGGCAUGUGCGGACGGAGGCUAGGCCGUGGCCGGCGUGGGAGCUGGCGAAGGUGUGAGAGAUAGCGGGCAUGGCUGCCGGCACUCCGCCGGGUGCGCAGGCCAGCUCCAGCUCCAGCGAUGGGCUCCUGCUCGAUGCGCGGGGAAAGAGAAGACGAUGCGGGUGGGGCGAGGCGCGCGCCAGGUCGGCUGCGGGUGGUCGGGCCGCAGGCGGCGAGAGGCGGCGCCGGGUUGACCAUGGCGACGAACGAGGUUGGCCUCGGGGCCGGCGGCAUCGGGGACUGGAUGCGUCGGGAGCUCUCGCUCGUGGGAGAAACGAAGGAUAAGACCAUCGAGGGGCCAGGGAUAGUUUGGGAACAUGCGGUCAAAGAAAAGGUAGGAAAAUGAAAAAUGAAUUGAAAAGGGGUGGAAAGGCAAAGCAGCAGAGUGACCUCGUUUCAUAAUGGCAAAACAGCGAAGUCUAAUUAUUUGAUGGCAAACUGGCGAAGCCCACUUUCAAGAAUGGCGAAAUCCCAAAUUUCUCGGCCGAGAGCAGCAUGGCGACACGAUCGAACGUGCAAAAACACUCUACAUAUAUGUGCAUCGCGGUCGCAGGGCGUGCAUUCACAUGGUAGUGCCAUGGCCGCUCAGGUAGUCUUCGUGGUUAUUUACUGAGCAGUAAACAGUAAUAACAUGUUGGGUGCGUGGGAGUGGGGGGGCAAAUCGUAAAGUUACUCCGUUUCCGUAAGACCACGACUUAUUUCUACAGGGGCGGAUCUAAGGGGUUGAGGGGGCUCCAGCCCCCUACUGCCCAAAACUCCAUGGAGCCCCUUAAAAUUUUGGAGACCAUUGAUGAAGGGAGGGAGCAAGCAAGGAAAAGGGUCACCCCUUGUCUUCCAUUCCUGGCUUCACCACUGUUUCUAUUCAUCGUCUUCUUCGUACAAAGAUUGUACAAAGAUGCGUAACUCUCCUGCGUAUUCAAUAAAAAAAUUCUAUUCAUCGUAUUUUUCAACCGAACUGCUAGCGUCCGGAUCUCUGGAUAAGAUGAUGCUACCACGUCAAAACUAAGUAACCAUUUGGGUGUUUGUAAUGUGACAACCGACUUGCUAGGGCCCGCUUCAAUAAUUCAGUUGAAUACCUAUUAUAUUUUCAAAAGAUUUUGUAUAUAACUAUAUGUAGAGUUUUAUAGCAUGUGAGUGUAUUUAAAAAAAUCGAAAAUAGCACGACAUAACGGGUGCCAAUCCCUCUCAUUCUCUUCUUCAGCCCAAAUAGCCAGCCCACCUUCCCCUCCUUACCCGACGGGACGGGCCCAGACGUGGCCCAAAGAACU